AUUAUUUAAAAAUGUAUAAUAAUAUUAUACUAUAUUAUUUUAAAUUAAUGAUUUAAUAAUUUCUUAGGUCAGAAGUCAGAAGAUGAUUCUAUUACUCAUUAUUUAUUAGUAAAAUAAAAAUAUAAAAUCUAUAGUUCACUAACUAUUAUUUAAUAUUUCAUAUUGUAUAAUUAAUCAACAAAUUAUGACUCCAAAAACGGUAGUUGUCACUGGUUUUGGACUUUUCCGAGACUAUAUAGUGAAUGCAAGUUGGGAGGUUGCUCGAGUAUUACCGGAAACUGGAAUCGCUGAAGAAUUAAACAUAAAUUUGGUCACAGUCAAUAUUCCCGUAUCUUACAAAGACGUUGAUCAGAUUGUGCCGACACUCUGGGUCCAACAUGAACCUGCUCUAAUGGUUCAUUUGGGUGUAUCACACUUGGCCAAAACAUUGACCGUUGAGUUAGUCGCUAAUGGGCAUGGUUAUUGUGGUAUGGAUAUUCAUGGGAACGGUCCUGAUGAUAAGUGUUUAAUUAAUAAUGAAAUUGAAACAGGCUUGAAAAUGGAAUGCGCUGAUGAAUUAGAUAUAUGUACAUCUCGAGAUGCAGGAAGGUAUUUAUGCGAGUACAUUUAUUUUAAGUCACUAUCUAUUAACAAAAAUCAAACUAUAUUUAUUCAUGUGCCACAAUUGGACCAGGAUAAUACAGCUCAAAAACUAGCUGAAAAACUUAAAUGUGUUAUUAGAAAAUUACUGGAACAAGUUAUAAAAUGAUUUGAUAAAAUAUACCUUUAAGUAAUAUGAUAAUUAUAUAGGUAUAUAUAUUAAUAUAUAUUAUAAACAUUUAUAUAAUUUGUGAUAAUUUUUCUUUAUUACCUUUACUUUUUUAUUUAUGUUGUUUAUAUUAAUACAUUUUUUUAAUUUUAACUGUUGUGACUAUUAAAACAAUAUUUGAUACAAUUAUUAUAGUUAGUGGCUGUAUGCGGAGACUGUACGAAUUAUUAUGACGUGGUAUAAAUUGUUUUCAGUUAAUUGUAAGCAUUUAAAUAUUUAAUUUAAUAUAUUAUAACUCUAUAUAAAUGAUUAAUCAGUAUAGAUCCUUAUCUAUAUGAUUAUUGAUUAAUGAUGUUUAUGUGAUUAAAGAAUAAUUUAUUGAUUUUUUUUUAUAUAUAAUUAUUAGUGCAAUUAGGGAUAGCACACUGGUUAACACUACAACUAUAUAGUUAUCUUACCCAAUGGAAAGAGAAAAAUAAUUUGAUUUAAAAAAUAAAUAAAUUUAUUAAAAAAAUUUGAGUUGAUUCUAUUUUUUUUGUUUUAUUAUUUUAUCAUGAACGAUGUACUUACCUAUACGAAUACAAGUUAGAUGUAGAAAAUAUUAUAUAUUUUGUUUAGUUAUAAGUUAUAAUGUUAGAUGGAUUUACUUGUUUAAAAUAAAUAUAUAAUUAAACG